AUGACAACUAUCGAAGAAGCCUUCCAAGCAGCAAUCGCUUCCAAAAAGAUCAAUGGCGCCGUUAUAUGCGCCAGAAGCAAAAACGGAUCCUUCAGCUACAACAAAACCAUGGGCGAACGCACCCUACUUUCCGGUGAAAAGAAACCGCAACAACUAGACGACAUGAUCUACCUAGCCAGCGCAACAAAGUUCAUGACAACCAUCGCCGCAAUGCAAUGCGUCGAAGACGGCCUAUUGAGUCUAGAUGCCGAUGUCUCGCCCCUCUGCCCAGAACUAGGCUCCAAACAAGUUCUGACCGGAUUCACAGAGGAUGAAUCCAAGUCCCCAAUCCUGGAACCAGCGAAUCGACCUAUUACACUCCGCAUGCUACUGAGCCACAGUUCAGGCGUGACAUACCAUUUCCUCGACCCGAAGAUCGGAGCAUGGCGCGAGAGAUAUGCACUCCCGGGCGAAGACGAGAAGAGAAAUGUCGAAGAGACAUUCUCCUACCCGCUCAGUUUCCAACCUGGCGAGGGGUGGAUGUAUGGAGCUGGUCAUGACUGGGCUGGGCGCAUUAUCGAGCGUGUUACUGGCCAGACUUUGUGUGAACGGAUGCAAGAGCGGAUGUUUACGCCGUUGGGGAUUACGGAUGCGCAGUUUUACCCUGUUACCCGUGACGAUCUGCGGGAACGACUUGUUGAUCUUAAUCCUGAUGAUGUUGAGGGUCUUGGGCGGGCGGUUCUUGGGGGUGGAGGCGAUAUUAAUAAGCGGUCGAAGGGGGAUUUCGGGGGACAUGGAUUAUUCAUGAUGGGGCCUGAUUUCGUGAGGAUUUUGGGAUCAUUGUUGGAUGGGGAUGGGGUUUUAUUGAAACAGACUACUAUUGAUGGGAUGUUUGUGCAGCAGCUUGGAGAGCAGGCUGGUAAAGAUCAUUUGGAGAAAUUGGAUGGGCCUAUUGGGCCAUUCUUUCGGAUUGGGGUUGAGCCUGAGGUUAAGGUUGGGUAUGGGAUUAGUGGGAUUUUGACUCUUGAGGAUGUUGAUGGGUGGCAGGGGCAGGGGACUUUGAGUUGGGGUGGGGGGUUGACGUUGACUUGGUUUGUUGACCGGAAGAAUGGGCUUUGUGGUGUUGGGGCUAUUCAGUCUGCUUUGCCUGUUGAUGUGGGCUUGGUUCUUGAGUUGAAGCAGGUUUUCCGGAAAGAUGUUUAUCGCAAGUUUGCUGAGUGGAAGUCACAGUCGUGA